GCUGCUUACCCAGGGCUGGGCAGGGCAGGAGGAGAGGAGACGAGAGAUAAUGGAUGAGUGUUGGGUUGCUGAGGAAGUUGCCAUGAUGGGACAGAAUGGAAGACCCAGUCUGCUCAGCAGGGAGGUUGUUGCCUGCAUGUCUUCUACCUCUCUACCCCUUCUGCGCCUUACCGAGAAACCCUCUCUGCGUUUACAUCAAAAAAGCGAGCGAGCGAGAGAGAGCGCGAGGAAAGGGAGUCCCCGAGCCGAAGCGAGGAGCGCGGGCCGAGAGCGGAGAGAAGACAGCGAGGCCAGCGAGGAACGCGCGACCCGCGCCGACCGAGCGGAAGCGCCGACCGAGCGGCAGGAACCGAGGGCAGCGCGCGCGACGAGCGAGCCGGGGGAGCGGGCGGAAGGGAAGCGAGAGCGCGCGCGCAGUGGGGACCGCGCGAGCGGAAUGAACGCGUCGAGCGACAGGGCCGAGCGCGAGGUACGGGCGCGAACAGAGGUAAACCAGGAUGAAGCUCGCUUCUGGAGCAGACCGGGGAAAGCAUUUAGAGAGGAAAGAAAGAAAGGGGCCCCGGAGGACCCGGAGGGGGCCACGAGGAAAGAGCGAGCGUGGGGGACAGAGGGGGAAAGAGAGGAAGGAGAAAGACAAGGGACCUCCCUAGGACCUCUCCUCUCUCUCUCGACUCUCUCUUCUUUUACUCUUACCCUCGCUCUCUAUCUUUUCCUUCCUUUACCCUUCUCUCUCUCUCCCUCCCCCUUUACCUCUCUUCCUCUCUCUCGCUCACUCUCUCUCUCUCCUUUUACCUCUCUUCCCCUCUCUCCUUCUAACUCUCUACCCUUUCUCACUCUCUACCCCCUCACUCUCCUACCUGUCUCUCUCCCUCCCACGUUCAAAUAUGUUCUGCCCAUAUACUAUAUUGAGGGAGUUUUCCACGAUCAUUUUGCUCUCUCUGAUGUUCUCUCUUUUCCAUUGUGGUGUGGCAUCAUAGUCAGUCAGCUGUCCAUUGCGAGUGCUGUGAAGAUUGUCAAUUAGUUUUAUUCCAGUCCCGAGUCAGACACUCUACUCCUUGCCUUCUUCUCAUGUCAUACAGUUUCCCAUGCAGCAGCCAUCUCUCUAAGGCACGUAGCCUCCAAAUGACCUUCAAACAGGAACACAACUACUUGCUGCUGCCUCGCAACACACCACUCUUAAACAACCCUGUUUAAACAAUAUCACACACACACUUCAUGAGAACUGACAAUGCAGCUAACUGUGGUGUAAUUACCAGUUUGCCUCUCGAUAACGGGGGCUUUUGUGCUGCUUCACCAGGGGAAGACGUUCUCCUCUUUAAGUGGGUUUGACUUGAGGACGUGGGUUCUACAAUUACACUCAACACUUGUAUUUACAUUUGACUUUUUAGUCAUUUAGCAGACGCUCUUAUCCAGAGCGACUUACAGUUAGUGAGUGCAUACAUUUUUCAUACUGCGCCAUGACCUUCCUUCCGUCCUAGGUUCCUGUUGUCAUGCACCUGCAGUCACCUUCCACUCAUCCCUCUCUCCCUCUGUUCCUCCCUCUCUGGGCAGUGCCAUGCGUGUGUUGCUGUCCAAGCUGCCGCGGCCCUGGAUCGUAGAUGAGAAGAAAGAUGACGGUUACACCGCCCUGCACCUAGCGGCGCUCAAUAACCACGUAGAGGUGGCCGAGCUGCUGGUGCACCAGGUAGAACCCACUCACAUUAAGCUAACCACUGACACCACUGGUUUCAUACAGAUGGUCCGUAGCAGCCCUAGUGUCUCCAUCUUGGCUCGCACACACACAGUAAGUGCUGGCCUUAUUCUUAAUAGUCAAUGCUGUAUAGGUUUGUGCCAGUAUAGGAGAGCAAUAACUGCUUUUAUUUUUUAUUGAAUCCAUAUUGUCCUUUGGGUCCCUAGUGGCUCACAAGCACUGUUAGCCUAUAACCUGCUUCGUCAUAGGAUCAUGCUCAGUCUAUUUCCCAUCUAAGAUGACAGUAUUGGUGCAGACCUCUCUAUCUAACAGGGCCAUAAUGUAGUAAGUAGCAUCCCACCAAGCAGAGCAGGAACUGGGCUAAUGAGGCUGCUGUAUGGCAACAGUGUGAGAGAAGAGAUGUUAUUGUAACAUUCUAGAAACGUUGUGAGAAUACAGGAGGAGGUGCACUGCAGAAUGUGUGUUAUAGACUACUGCAGAGUUCAUACAGGAAUAUUUGAAUGCCAACGCAGUCUCUCUUCUCUCUGUUUUCCCUCGCUUUCCCACUCUCAGGGCAGUGCCAGCCUGGACAUCCAGAACGUCAACCAGCAGACAGCCCUGCACCUGGCCGUGGAGAGACAGCACACACAGAUAGUCAGGGUCAGUCUCCUCUCCUCACUCCCUCUCUCCUUCCGCUAACUGAAGAUGCUAUCUGCAGUUAUCUCCCCAUCUGUCUCUCACUCCUGACAGUGCACUAAAGGCUGUUGAGAAGAUGAAGACAGCAACCAUGUAUGAUUUAAAAUGGAGGAUCUCCUGCAGUAGAAUUAACCCGCUAGGGCCAAACUGACGUAGUGCCAAGGAAAGGAGAAUGCUUUCUGGAAGAGAAACAUGAGAGAAGUAAUGGGUGUCCUAUCAGGGAAAGGUUGUUACGCUGCCGCCAUCUUGUGGAGUGGUGGAGAAGUGCAGCUUCAGAGUGGUGCAGGAACACAGUCAAUAUACAUUUACAUUUUAGUCAUUUAGCAGACGCUCUUAUCCAGAGCGACUUAGUUAGUGAGUGCAUACAUUUUCAUACUGGCCCCCUGUGGGAAAUGAACCCACAACGAACCCACAAACCUGGCGUUGCAAGCGCCAUGCUCUACCAACUGAGCUACAGGGGACUACAAUAUGCAGGACCUCUAGCUGUGAUGCCAUGCUAGACUCAUUUGGAUGGUGAUCGUUUAAAAAAUUAAAAAUAGUACUGGACUGUUCUGCAAAUAAAUUCUCAUUUUAAAUGAUCUCUAUGUUAAUUUGGAAUGCUCUGUGUCUGUCUGUCCCCAGCUGCUGGUGCGAGCAGAGGCAAAGCUGGACGUGCAGGACAAGGACGGGGACACUCCUCUCCACGAGGCGCUGCGUCACCACACGCUGUCCCAGCUCCGCCAGCUGCAGGACAUGCAAGACGUCAGCAAGGUGGAGCCCUGGGAACCCUCCAAAAACACGGUAGAGAAUACACCUUACAUAUACCUCUAAAACCAUCCUAAAUCAACUAAUAUACCUCUAGAACCCUCCACAAACACCUAACAUACAUACAUACCGCUAGAACCCUCCACAAACACCUAACAUACAUACAUACCUCUAGAACCCUCCACAAACACCUAACAUACCUACAUACCGCUAGAACCCUCCACAAACACCUAACAUACAUACAUACCUCUAGAACCCUCCACAAACACCUAACAUACCUACAUACCGCUUGAACCCUCCAAAAACACAGUAAGGGAUUAAUCCCCCAGUAAUUUAUCCUGAAAUGUCUGAUACCCCUUCUAAGUGGUGGCUCUUACAUCUGUGCUGAGGGCGGCUAAUUCAAUUGUCAUUUUGUAAAGUGACACUAUGGGAGAGUGAGCCAGCCUCAGCCUGUAUAGCCCUACACUAAGGCUGGUCGAUAUAGCCUAAAACUCAUAUAGAAAUAUUUUCAAAUUUAUGGGUGAUUCACAAUACAGUGAGGGGAAAAAGUAUUUGAUCCCCUGCUGAUUUUGUACGUUUGCCCACUGACAAAGACAUGAUCAGUCUAUAAUUUUAAUGGUAGGUUUAUUUGAACAGUGAGAGACAGAAUAACAACAACAAAAUCCAGAAAAACGCAUGUCAAAAAAAUUAUACAUUGAUUUGCAUUUUAAUGAGGGAAAUACGUAUUUGACCCCUCUGCAAAACAUGACUUAGUACUUGGUGGCAAAACCCCUUUUGUCCCACUCCUCUUUGCAGAUCUUCUCCAAGUCAUUAAGGUUUCGAGGCUGACGUUUGGCAACUUGAACCUUCAGCUCCCUCCACAGAUGUGUUCUUGGGGUCAUAGGCAGCAUUCCUCCUCCUCCAAACACGGCAUCUUUGAUGCCAAAGAGCUCGAUUUUGGUCUCACUUGACCACAACACUUUCACCCAGUUCUCCUCUGAAUCAUUCAUAUGUUCAUUGGCAAACUUCAGACGGGCCUGUAUAUGUGCUUUCUUGAGCAGGGGGACCUUGCGGGCACUGCAGGAUUUCAGUCCUUCACGGCGUAGUGUGUUACCAAUUGUUUUCUUGGUGACUAUGGUCCCAGCUGCCUUGAGAUCAUUGACAAGAUCCUCCCGUGUAGUUCUGGGCUGAUUCCUCACCGUUCUCAUGAUCAUUGCAACUCCACGAGGUGAGAUCUUGCAUGGAGCCCCAGGCCGAGGGAGAUUGACAGUUAUUUUGUGUUUCUUCCAUUUGCGAAUAAUCGCACCAACUGUUGUCACCUUCUCACCAAGCUGCUUGGCGAUGGUCUUGUAGCCCAUUCCAGCCAUGUGUAGGUCUACAAUCUUGUCCCUGACAUCCUUGGAGAGCUCUUUGGUCUUGGCCAUUGUGGAGAGUUUGGAAUCUGAUUGAUUGAUUGCUUCUGUGGACAGGUGUCUUUUAUACAGGUAACAAGUUGAGAUUAGGAGCACUCCCUUUAAGAGUGUGCUCCUAGUCUCAGCUCGUUACCUGUAUAAAAGACACCUGGGAGCCAGAAAUCUUUCUGAUUGAGAGGGGGUCAAAUACUUAUUUCCCUCAUUAAAAUGCAAAUCAAUGUAUAAUUUUUUUGACAUGCUUUUUUCUGGAUUUGUUGUUGUUGUCUCUCACUGUUCAAAUAAACCUACCAUUAAAAUUAUAGACUGAUAAUUUCUUUGUCAGUGGCAAACGUACAAAAUCAGCAGGGGAUCAAAUACUUUUUUCCUUCACUGUGUGUGUAUUAUAUAUUAUAAUAAUAAUAUUAUGCCAUUUAGCAGACGCUUUUAUCCAAAGCGACUUACAGUCAUGCGUGCAUACAUUUUUGUGUAUGGGUGGUCCCGGGGAUUGAACCCACUACCUUGGCGUUACAAGCGCCGUGCUCUACCAGCUGAGCUACAGAGGACCACAGUGUAUAUGUAUAUAUAUAUAUAUAUAUAUAUAUAUAAUCAGUUUUCUCUGAAUAAGCUUUGUUGCACAAUUAAAGGUCAAUUCACCAAAUUUCAAACAGUCAGGAAUAAUCUAAUGAAUUCAGAGCUUGUGAAAUUAUACCUAGAAUAAAUAUAAGCCUUACACAACCAUAAAACCCACUAGUAAUUAAAUUAUUUUAUCAAAAUAGUUUAACCUGCUUUUUUUUGCAACAAUCACUGAUAAGGCUUUCGUCUGUCUAUCAAAAUGCCCUUUUUGUUACACAUUUAAACAGAACCAUGCACAAUGCACAUCCACUAAUAAUGACCAACUUCUGGUAGCAGGCAUUAUAGAGAUGUAACACCGGUCUCAUAAACAAUCUCUCAAGCCAAGCCCACGUGCUAGUGAGUAGCCAGCUUCACUUUAUAUUUCAAGUCUAGCCAACGUGGAUCUAUUUACUUGCUAACAUUAGAACAGUUGAAUGUUGAACUGUUAUGAAUACACCUUCCUGUCUGUCUCCAACUGUUUGAACAACACAGCCUGUUCACUUUGUUUAGAUGUUGAAAUCACGUGGCCUACCUGGAUAAGAUGCUUAUUUCUCAGAAUGAGAACCAGUUGUCAAUUUCUUAUUUAAAUGUGUAUUUUUAUGCUCAUUGCACAUUUAUUAAACAGACUAUACAGCCAGCACAUAAGUCUGUGGCUACCUCAAAGUCGUGCGUGACAACUGAGCAUUAAUUUUCCACAAUCAUGUUCAUUGAUACUCUGGUUUUAGGAGGGUCUGCUCUGUUCUUCAUUUUGGGAGAUGAGACAUGAAAAGGGUAUUGUUAGAAAGGUAAAACAAUGUCUAAGUGUUUCGGUGUCCAUGUGACCGAUUCUGUUGGACCAAACCUCUAAUGCAAAUGGCGAGUUUAAACGGCUUGUUGUCAGGGAGGAAGAAGUUAUCUUUCUUAUUUUGUUGUUAUAAGUGGCAAGGGUAGGGGCUUGGUGUCUGUGUACGAGUGGGAAGGUGCACAAAAUGCGCGAAGGAGACUAGACCAAUAAGACACAGAACGCUCAUAAAAACAGGAAAAAAGUUAAUCUUGAUAAAGGCAUUUGGAACAUCGCACUAAUCUAAUGAAUUCGAUAUAUCGCCCUACCCUACCUCACACACUGCACACGUCCCAAUUACACUGUAUGCUCCGCUGCACUCUGCUCUCCUCUGUCUGGUGGAGCUGGGGGAAGAGGGAGAGACAGGGGGAAGAGGGAGAGACAGGGGGAAGAGGGAGAGACAGGGGGAAGAGGGAGAGACAGGGGGAAGAGGGAGAGACAGGGGGAAGAGGGAGAGAGAGAGAGAAAAGGAGACAGAAAGAGAAAGUGUUACUGACUCCUGUGUGUGUUGGUCCUCCACAGCUGAUCAUGGGCCUGGGCACCCAGGGAGCAGAGAAGAAGAGUGCAGCGUCCAUCGCCUGCUUCCUGGCAGCUAACGGAGCAGACCUGACCAUGCGCAACAAGAAGGGCCAGUCCCCUCUGGACCUCUGCCCCGACCCCAGCCUCUGUAAGGCCCUGGCCAAGUGCCACAAGGAGAAGAGCAGGUAAGAAACCCGGCCCCAGGUCUAGCCCUCAGCCCAGCCCCUAAACCCAUACAAUAGGACAUGGUUUAGACUAUUUUAGAUUAAUCAGCUGUUGAGCUUCAACUUGUUUUCUCCCCAUCUUCCUUUAUUAUGUCCUUUCUUUUCUUUCUCACAAACUCCCUUUUCUCUCCCCAUCCCUCUCUCUCUUCCAGUGGCCAGGUGGGCUCUCGUAGCCCGUCUCUGAACAGCAACAGUGAAACCCUGGAGGAGUGUAUGGUCUGUUCUGACAUGAAGAGAGACACCCUGUUCGGGCCCUGCGGACACAUCGCCACCUGCUCUCUCUGCUCCCCGCGUGUCAAGAAGUGUCUCAUCUGCAAGGACCAGGUCCAGUCCAGAACCAAGGUAUUGUACCAAACCCAGCCUCGUUGGUUUAAAUAUAAACGUUUAUGGACGGUUUCUCAGAAACAGAUUAAAUCUAGUCUUGGACUGAAAACUGAUGACUCUCCAUUGAAAUAACUUAUUAGUACAGGACUAAACUUAAUCUGUGUCCGGUAUUCAGAUCUGCAUGCUUUUCGAUCAAGUCUCCCAUUGAUGUCAAUGAAUGAUUUUAGGCCAACUGUUGUGGUGCCUCUGUAAGUAUCAAGUUGUAUAAGUUACUAAUGAGUUAGUACAUUGAUAGAUGCUUUCCAUUGGUUUUGGGUGUAAAGACAUCCUCCAAUCAGAGGUAGGACUUUCUCUUCUCUUUCCCGUCACUGACAUCACAUGUUUGUCUCCAUUCAGAUCGAGGAGUGUGUCGUGUGUUCUGACAAGAAGGCUGCCGUGCUCUUCGAGCCCUGCGGUCACAUGUGCGCUUGUGAGAGUAAGUACACAAAACCAACUAAGGUUGCUUCCUCAUACGGUAUGCCACCUGGCGCGUGCUCAGUAGGGAGAAAACGUUUUGAAGUGAGAAGGUAGCCUACUACCUUUUUUCUCCGUUGCAAAAUGUUUUGCUACGGUGUGCCCUACCUACGACCCUGCCUCGUUGCAAGAACUGAACGAUUCUCCAGAAUCUUUGAUGCGUUCUAGUGGGGCCAUACUGACCUGUUAUUCUGUCUGUGUGUGUUCCCUCCCUCCGUGCAGACUGUGCCGGCCUCAUGAAGAAGUGCGUACAGUGCCGGGCUGUUGUGGAACGCCGCACACCCUUCGUCCUUUGUUGUGGAGGGAAAGGUAUGGAGGGUGAUGCCGCUGAUGAUGAUGAUGAUGAUGAGGAUGAUGAUGAGGACCUUAGUGAGUGAAUCUUCCACAUGUUCCCUUUUAAUUCCCUUUUUAUCCUCCUUUCUCUCUCGUUGUCAUGACUCCCCACCUCCUCCUUUCCCCCAUGAUGAACUUGUUGUGUUUUUGUUUGUUUGUGUCGGCUUUGGUUUGUUGAUUCACAGCCGUCUUCCUCCUGCAUUAUUUGAAUGUUAAUGUUGUCAUUGUUUUGUGUAUUUCAGUUGAAUGUGUCAUUUUCCCAGACUUGGAAACAAACCACCCUAGUUGAGGUCAUUAAUGCAAAAUGUAUGAUCUUUAACUUAAUCAGACGAGAACUGGCUUACCUAGUGUGAUGGAAUGUGUUUUAAUCAUAACAUGCAAUUCAAUGAAGUCAGUUUUAUAACAUUUCAGCAGCAUGCACUGAUUUGAUUAACAGAAAUUGACCUCCAUAACCGGCUAUUAAUUCUCCCUUACCUGGCAAACUGAUUUUAAUAUCGCCAUCAGUCCAUUGCUCGAUCCAAUUUCUCCAUCCAAUCUGUUAGCUAAGCAGUGAUGGUACAAUGUUGGGUAUUUCAAUGUGUGAAUGUGUAUUUUGGGUUACUUUUACCAUCCCUAGUGUUGUCUUUAAGUUAGUCUUUUAUCACGUUAUUAUCCAUCCUUUAUGACUGCACCUUACACGUACUUCCCUUUAUUUAGUUUCCCUUAUUAUUUUAUGUUGAGUUAAAAGGGAGACUGUUGUAAGUUCACUGAUUUUAUAUUGAUUUGCCAAAGAUUCGCUUGUCGACAGAUCUUUGUGUUUCAGUGUGUUGCCACACAAACGCACGCACACACACACACACAGAUCUCUUCAAAUACAAAGUACAUUAUGUCAAUCACACACAUUCCCCUAUGUCCCUGGACAUUUGGAGAGGGAUUCCAGUGCCAACCUAGACGACUCUCCUAGCCCACUGUUAGCUAGUGUUUAGUGGGGAGCACUAAUAGUUGUCAGGUUACCUGCUGAGUACUGCUGACCCAAACAGCUUUUGUCCUGGUAGCUUUCGUUCUAGUAAUACUACUUAGUGUGAAUGUUUUUAGACUUUGAAGGAAGCGGUUGCAGCCAUCCACCUUACUCUACCUAGAAGAGACUCCUCUCCCCCACCUCCCACCUAACAACAUCUGUUUUAGAUCUAAUAACCUCAUUGUCCUUGCCCUCCUUUGUCUCCAGGCCUUUAGUAGUGAGUAGACUGCUCCUCCUCAGGCCUUGUCUUGUGGAGUUGUAUCAGGGGCUCCUGUUAUAACACUGUGACUGGUUAUUCUCAGCAGGUAACUCUAACUCAGCUCUAAUGGCAGGGGGGUCACUGGAUCUGCUCCAGCCCAACAAUCUGGCGCUAAGUUGGUGUAAGUAUCUCAUCCUCUUCCCUGGUUCAAAACUCCCCAAUAAUCCCCAGCGCUGUCUGCCCUGCCUGGCCUAUGCCCUGCUGCAGCGAUCCUUCGCCCACCCCUCAAAACCACACACAGAAUCACACACAUACAAAUGACAGUGAUUUUCACCAUUCAGACAGGUUGUGCCCUCGAGCACGGGGCCUCAGACCAGUUUCAGCCAAACACUGCAUGGUGUCGAACUCUGAAAUCCCUGCUUGUUAAAAAAACGGACUGGGUUAAAUGGCCCACAUAGACGAGGCUGUAUGAUUGCUUGAUUAGUUUGGCCUUUAGAGCAGCAUGUCAUUAAAAUCUAUUCCAAUUUUAUUGAACACAUACACAGAAUACAACAGUGAAAGGCUUACUAGUACAUGCAAUCGUAAAGAGAGGUUUGCAUUGACAUUGCCACCAACAGAGUGAAAGGCAUCUCACCUUCUCUCUCCCACAUGCUAUCACACUAGGCCGCAAUAAAUCGGCCACUAGUUUGAGAACCUGCAUUUGUUGGUUAGUUUCUCAACGUUGUGUGUGUUUCCCUUCUUCAGCCAGCGGUAACAUCCCGGCCAUGCAGAGAGACAAAGACAACACCAAUGUCAAUGCUGACGUUCAGAAACUGCAGCAGCAACUGCAGGACAUCAAGGAGCAGGUAAGCAUGGUGGUAUGUACUAAAGACAACAUGGUGGUAUGUACUAAAGACAACAUGGUGGUAUGUACUAAAGACAACGUGGUGGUAUGUACUAAAGACAACAUGGUGGUAUGUACUAAAGACAACAUGGUGGUAUGUACUAAAGACAACAUGGUGGUAUGUACUAAAGACAACGUGGUGGUAUGUACUAAAGACAACGUGGUGGUAUGUACUAAAGACGACGUGGUGGUAUGUACUAAAGACGACGUGGUGGUAUGUACUAAAGACGGCGUGGUGGUAUGUACUAAAGACGGCGUGGUGGUCUGUACUAAAGACGGCGUGGUGGUAUGUACUGAAGACGACGUGCUGGUAUGUACUAAAGACGACGUGGUGGUAUGUAACGUGGUGGUAUGUACUAAAGACGACGUGGUGGUAUGUACUAAAGAUGACGUGGUGGUAUGUACUAAAGACGACGUGGUGGUAUGUACUAAAGACAGCGUGGUGGUAUGUACUGAAGACGACGUGCUGGUAUGUACUAAAGACGACGUGGUGGUAUGUAACGUGGUGGUAUGUACUAAAGACGACGUGGUGGUAUGUACUAAAGACGACGUGGUGGUAUGUACUAAAGACGACGUGGUGGUAUGUACUAAAGACGACGUGGUGGUCUGUACUAAAGACGACGUGGUGGUAUGUACUAAAGACGACGUGGUGGUAUGUAACGUGGUGGUAUGUACUAAAGACGACGUGGUGGUAUGUACUAAAGACGACGUGGUGGUAUGUACUAAAGACGACGUGGUGGUAUGUAACGUGGUGGUAUGUACUAAAGACGACGUGGUGGUAUGUAACGUGCUGGUAUGUACUAAAGACGACGUGGUGGUAUGUACUAAAGACGACGUGGUGGUAUGUACUAAAGACGACGUGGUGGUAUGUAACGUGGUGGUAUGUACUAAAGACGACGUGGUGGUAUGUACUAAAGACAGCAUGGUGGUAUGUACUAAAGACAGCAUGGUGGUAUGUACUAAAGACAGCAUCAAACACCAUGCAUCAUUUGAGUUAUAUACUUAGUUCAGAUUUGGUUGAAUUGUAAUAAAUGUUAACCGUAUGUGUGUGCUAGGCACAUCCAAUAAACAUUGAAGAUCCAAUGCAGCCGUUUUUAUCUAAAUAUCAAAUCAUUUCUGGGUAACAAUUAUGUACCUUACUGUGAUUUGUUUUAAACUAAAAUGGUCAAAAAUAAACAAAUAUAGCUUGUUAGCAAAGAGCAUAUUCUCAAGCAAUAAUUGUAUUAGGACUGUCUGGGAGUGGUCUGAGUGGGGAGGGGAAAAACAGAAAACUAGCUGUUAUUGGCAGAGAGGUUUUUAACUCUUUCUUAUUGGUCUAUUAACUCAUUUACCGCCUGGUGAUUACACCAUCCCACCAAAACAGGCUGAAAUGUAAUGCAGUAUUUUCAAACUGCUCUUGCACUAAAAGGGCAUUAUCAUAAUUUUCACAGUAUUAUUCCAACCACUAGUGUAAAAAUAUGUAUACAAAAUAUGUUUAGGAACAUAGUGUGUGGAUAUGAGUCACCUUUUCCUUGCCCUGAGACAUGCCUGUAGACUAUUUUGGAAUCUAUAGCCAUGUCUCAAUCAAUAAUUUUUCCAAUACAAUGUGUUUAUCAGAAUUGGGAUGAAUCCACUAAGAGAUGAGAACUAAGUGUUAUUUUGUGUAUCUCUCCAGACCAUGUGUCCGGUGUGCCUGGACCGGCUAAAGAACAUGAUCUUCAUAUGUGGCCACGGCACCUGCCAGCUGUGUGGCGACCGCAUGAGCGAGUGCCCCAUCUGCCGCAAGGCCAUCGAGAAGCGCAUCCUUCUGUAC